AUGACGAUAAAACUUCACGAGUGCAAACAUAAACAUCAUCAUAAACAUCAUCGCAGUGACGGUAGUCGUAGAAUUAAUUUUCCCCGCGACUGCUCAGGUGACGGCGGCAACGUCGGCGGCGGAAGUGCAAACGGAAGUGCAGUGUGGAGGUUGAAACCGGAAGAAGUGGUGCAAACUAGGGCAGAUGGUACCGGUCACGGUGAGCUAGCGAGCUGUGAAUCAGCCGCGGCGGAGGUCGUGACAGGUGUGGAUCGUUUUGCGGUGUCCCACCGGAACGGUAACCUAGUGAACAGUGCGUGGCCCAACAACGUCGAAUCCAGCAGCAUCGAUUGCAUCGGUGGCGAUGGUCGAUCACUAACGACGCGGUUGCUGGCACGGCAGAAACAACCAUUCUGCCUUGGUCAGCAGCAGCCCGGCAACAAGAACUACGACAACAACAACAACAACAACAACAACAGCAGCAGUUGCAGCCAUCCGACUAGUUUUAGUAUUAGAUUUUUUCGUUCACAAGUCCUGCAAACUGUGGUCGUGUUGUAUAUAGCACUGGUAGUAAUCAUAGCGAAUGCAGUUGCAGCAUUUGAACCCGAUUUUGUAUACCCACUGGAAAAUGUUACGGUAGCAAAAGGACGUGAUGCGACGUUCACGUGCGUCGUGAAUAACCUCGGUGGUUAUAGGGUGAGUGGGGAGGCAACUCCGGCUAGGGUAGCCUGGAUAAAAGCGGACGCGAAGGCAAUCCUGGCGAUCCACGAGCACGUGAUCACCAACAAUGGGCGACUUUCGGUGACGCACAACGACUACAACACCUGGACGUUGGUGAUUCGGAACGUCAAGAUGGAGGAUCGGGGCCUGUACAUGUGCCAGGUCAAUACCGAUCCGAUGAAGAUGCAGACUGCAUUUCUGGAGGUUGUGAUUCCACCGGACAUCAUCUACGAGGAAACGUCCGGCGACAUGAUGGUACCGGAGGGUGGUUCAGCAAAGCUGGUGUGCAAAGCACGCGGCUAUCCGAAACCGAAGAUCAUCUGGCGGCGGGAGGACGGCCGGGAAAUAAUCGCACGUAACGGUACCCACGGGAAAAUGAAAGCCACCGUCGUUGAAGGCGAGAUGCUAUCACUUACCAAGGUGACACGCUCGGAGAUGGGCGCGUACAUGUGCAUCGCGUCCAACGGUGUUCCUCCUUCGGUGAGCAAGCGGAUGAAACUGCAAGUACAUUUUCAUCCGCUGAUACAAGUGCCGAAUCAGCUUGUUGGAGCCCCGCUGGGAACCGAUGUCACGGUAAUUUGCAACGUCGAGGCAUCACCGAAGGCAAUCAACUACUGGCAGCGGGAAAACGGCGAGAUGAUAAUCUCCAAUGAGCGCUAUUCGAUGAACGAAAACGAAAGCUCGAUGUACGCGGUGCAGAUGACGCUUGUGAUCCGGAAACUGCACAAAGCCGAUAUGGGCGGCUACAAGUGCAUAUCGAAGAACAGCAUCGGCGAUGCCGAGGGCACCAUUCGGCUGUACGAGAUGGAGCUGCAGAAAAAAACCAAAUCAGCACAUAGACUGAACAGCGUCGAGGAUUCAUCCGUUAAUGAUGAAAUCAACUCUACGCCAAACAUUGAAAUACCCGAGGAGAAUAAUAAAAUCCACAAAAACGGACGCCUCUACAAGGGGCUGCAGGGUAGCGAGCACGACCUGAUGAGCUCCUCCGGUGCGACCGGGGCCAUCGUCAGCGGUGGGGUACACCAGCUCUUCCGACGGCCUCGUCAAUCAGCGUGGUCCAGCGGCGGCGACGGCGGCGGGAAACUGUUAAUUGUCCUACUGCUGGUGCACCUACGCCAGCAGCUCGCCGGUCUGCUGCUGUUGCUGCCGCGGUUAGCCGGAAUGGUUCGACAUUUCCGCCGAACUUCCUCGCCACCACUACUGCCGUGCUCGAUGUUGUGA